AUGGUUGGACUGUUUGCUAUGGCUGGACUGACUGGUUUUAAUCCUGUUGGAGUAGAUAAUUCGGUCGAAGAUGCCUUAGACAUUGAUUUUGGUGUCUCUACUGAUGUUGGUGUCUCUACUGAUGUUGGUGUUUUCAUCGGUGUUGGAGUCGUUGUUGCUGUUUUUGUUGGUGAUGCCACUGUUGUUGACGAUGUUGAUGGUUCACAAAAGCCGUCAAGGGUGCAAAUGUUUCCCUCUUCACAGCAAGUAUCAUUUCCACAAUCUACAGAAUUAGUGCGCCGUAGCAAAAGCAAAAUGGCUGAAGGUUAUAAUGGCGGAUAG